AUGAUUCGUACAACAUACUCAUUACUUUUACUUUCUUUUGUUAUUGCUAUCGUUUAUUCAACAGAUUAUUUUGUUGAAAAAUUUGAAGAUGAAAGUUAUACAAAACGAUGGGUACAAUCAGCAGCAAAAUCAGAUUUAGGUGAAUUUAAAUUAUCACAUGGUAAAUUUUAUGGUGAUGCUAAAAAAGAUCUUGGUCUUCAAACAUCACAAGAUGCACGUUUUUAUGCUAUGUCUGCUAAAUUUGAUUCAUUUUCAAAUGAAGGAAAAACUCUUGUUGUUCAAUUUACUGUAAAACAUGAACAAAAAAUUGAUUGUGGUGGUGGUUAUGUCAAAGUUUAUCCAGCAGAUACGAAUCAAAAAGAUAUUACUGGUGAUUCACCAUAUCAUAUUAUGUUUGGUCCUGAUAUUUGUGGUUAUGAUAAAAAGAAAGUUCAUGUUAUUUUUACAUAUAAAGGCAAAAAUUUAUUAAUUAAAAAAGAUAUUAAAUGUAAAGAUGAUGAAUUCACACAUCUUUAUACAUUAAUUCUUAAUUCUGAUAAUACAUAUGAAGUUCGUAUUGAUAAUGAAAAAGUUGAAAGUGGUAAACUUGAAGAAGAUUGGGAUUUUACUGUACCAAAACGAAUUCCUGAUCCAAAUGCUAAAAAACCAUCAGAUUGGGUUGAUGAAGAAAAAAUUGAUGAUUCAGCUGAUAAAAAACCAGAAGAUUGGGAUAAACCAGAACAUAUUCCUGAUCCUGAUGCUAAAAAACCAGAAGAUUGGGAUGAUGAAAUUGAUGGAACAUGGGAACCACCAAUGAUUGAUAAUCCCGCAUAUAAAGGUGUAUGGAAAGCUCGUCAAAUAGAUAAUCCAGCUUAUAAAGGUCAAUGGGUUCAUCCAGAAAUUGAUAAUCCUGAUUAUGUUGAAGAUCAAAAUCUUUAUUUAUAUAAGGAUAUAUCAGUAAUUGGUUUUGAUUUAUGGCAAGUUAAAUCUGGUACUAUCUUUGAUAAUAUUAUUAUCACAGAUAGUGUUAAACGUGCUGAAGAAUUUGGUAAUGAAACAUGGGGUAAAACAAAAGAUGCUGAAAAAAAAAUGAAAGAUUCACAAGAUGAAGUUGAAAGAAAGAAAGAAGAAGAAGAACGAAAAAAACGUGAAGCUGAAGAUAAAAGUAAAACACCAGGCGAUGAUGAUGAUACAGAUACCGAACAUGGUAAAUCAACUCAUGUACAUGAUGAUGAAUUAUAA